CGUGACGGGCGACGCAGACCGGAGCGGUGGUCUUGGGCGGGCGGGCCGCAGAGCGCGCGCCACUGCGUGCGGCGGCGCUAAAAGCCGCGGUUCGGCUGCCGAGGGGCCGCCGCGUUUUGGACGCCUGAGCUGCUCUAAUCACAGUGAUUUUCUGCGUUUGUGAGACGCGUCGUUUGCUAAACGGCACCGAGUGUCGAGCACUUUGGGAAAAUAAACGGUCGGGCGCCUGAAAGCAGGAAGGCGAGCGGGGGGAUCCGGCUAGAAAACGGAUGCGAGGACAGGCACCCGGGCCGUGUUGCCAAGACCCGACCCGAGCACCAGCCCUUCGGAGCGGAAACGGCCUGGCCAGACCUACCCUGGCCUCCCCGCUGGAGCACAGCACCUGCUGGCGGUCCAGCAGCUGGCAUCAGCCGUGUCCAGCAUGAUGCCCACGGGCACAACAGGCCUCAACCAGCCCAUCCUCAUCCCCUUCAACAUGCCAGGUCAACUGGGUGGCCAGCAGGGUCUGGUACUCACCAUGCCCAAUGCCAACCUUAGCAACAUCCAGGGUCUGAUGGCAGCAGCAGCCAGUGGCAUCAUUACCCUGCCUCUGCAGAACCUUCAAGCCCCGGGCCGCCUCAGCUCACCGCUGCAACACCUCCAGCACCAGCACCGGCAGCAGAAGGAGCGGGAUGUGGAACCGGCUCGCCCCAAGAACCAGCAGGACAAGGGCCCGGUUCAUCCCCGUCCCCAGACCCAGCAGCAGAAGAAGCCUGAUGCGACGCCGACUCGCACCUGCCACCAGAACCAGCAUAGCACGGUACCGGGUCGCUCCGGUCGCCAGAACCAUCAGCAGGUCCCCGACGGUCAUCAGCCACCAUCCCCACGUGGCCCGGUCCGGUCCCCCAAGCCCUGCCUAGGCUCCAGCUCCCCACCUCGCAAGCAGAACCAGCCUUCGGUCCAGAGACAGCCGUCGCCCCCCACCCCAAACGCACCCCGCCAGAGGAAUCCUGUCGGCAGCCAGGCCAUAACGGCAGCAGCCUUGGGGCACAUUGGAAGUCCGUCAGCUUUCGGGAACCCAGUAUCCAGCCUGCAGGGGAUCAGUGGGCAGCUGGUCACCAACGCACAGGGACAGAUCAUUGGGGCGAUCCCCCUGCUGCCGAACCCAUCCGGACCCUGCGGCCAGCCAGCCAAUGGGAGCGUGGGCCUUUCGGUCCAGCCAAUCGUGCCCCAGCUGCUCACCAACACCAAAGGACAGAUCAUCGCCACCGUCAUCGGCAAUCAGAUCCUGCCGGUCAUCAACACUCAGGGGAUCACGCUGUCGCCAGUGAAACAUGACCAGCAGCUGCCACCUGCCCCGCAACGCCAGCCCGGCCCCCCUUCGUCUCAGGCCAGCCUACUUCACCUCCCCCACAACCACGCCUUCUCCCCGAGUCCCAUGCGUCAGGCCUCCUCCUCCUCUUCUUCCUCCUCCUCUCCCACCACUUGUCCCGCUUCUGGACUCAGUGUCGGUCAGCUGGUGAGAGACCCCCAGGUCGCCCCCGGCGAGGUAGACGGCGUCAGCCUGGAGGAGAUCCGCGAGUUCGCCAAAGCAUUCAAGGUCCGCCGCCUGUCCCUGGGCCUGACGCAAACUCAAGUGGGCCAAGCGCUGUCCGCUGCCGAGGGGCCUGCCUACAGCCAGUCUGCCAUCUGCAGACACACCAUCCUGAGAAGCCACUUUUUCCUACCGCAGGAAGCCCAGGAGAACACUAUAGCUAGCAGUCUGAGAGCCAAACUGAACCCCGGCCUUUUAUAUCCUGCCAGGUUUGAGAAGCUGGAUAUCACCCCAAAAAGCGCACAGAAGAUUAAGCCCGUUUUGGAGCGCUGGAUGGCCGAGGCUGAGGCCCGGCAACACUCGGGAAUGCAGAACCUGACCGAGUUUAUCGGCAGCGAGCCGUCCAAGAAACGCAAGAGGAGGACCUCAUUUACUCCACAGGCGCUGGAGAUCUUAAACAUGCAUUUCGAGAAAAACACGCACCCCUCCGGCCAGGAGAUGACGGAGAUCGCGGAGAAGCUGAACUACGACCGCGAGGUGGUGCGAGUCUGGUUCUGCAACAAGAGACAGGCGCUUAAAAACACGAUCAAGCGGCUGAAACAGCCAGAUAUCGGGUCAGGCCUCAGCGUGGACAUCACUGACUCGCUCAUGGACACAGCGGAGAAACUCCCUUAAACACGGGAUAAACCAGUGACCAAAAAAUAGAGACUCCAGGGCUAUUCCAGGGCCAUGCCAAGAUGGGAGCCAUGGACUUGGCAUUGAAACAUGUCUUUUUUUUUCCGAAGAAAGUCAAAAUUACCAGUGGACAGCUUUUUGGUGAUUACGAAUGAGACGUAUAAAGUACUUUUUAUGUUUAAAAUAUACCUGUGGAAAUGUAAAUCAGAAAGCUAGUUCUUCUGUGAAUAUCAAGUAUACAAAAAUACUUUGGUAUGGAAGGUGACAACUGAAGUCUUUGUAGAAGUCUUGCAUAAGGAGUUUAGUUUGAUAAUCAAAUUUUGUUUAAGAAUCAACCAACUGCAAACCAAAGUCUAGCUAAUAAGUCAGAUGCUAGUUACACACCUACUUUUUAUGUGUAAAUGUCUUCUAAAUUUCUACAUUUAUACUGAUGGAAAACAAACGAUGACUAAUCUAGGGGGCGGCGAAACCGCUUGAAACAUUUAUUUAACGUUUCGUUGCACUGUUGCUUUGCUAUUUAAACUGAUUUUUAUAUGAAUGCAGUGAGCUUAACUGGACGGCCAACGGCAACUGUUUUUGCGAUUUUUUAAAAAAAAAUGUUUUUUCUUUCAUUGGUUUCUCCCAAAGAUUUCAGCUGCUGUAAGCAAUCAUUCCAUUCAGCAGCGCGUGCAGUCUGCCCUGUAUCUGUAUUGCCCCCACGCCCCCCCAUCUUCCUGUUUAAUUACCUGAGGCAAAUACGCAGAGUGAUAAUUACUCCUGUGCAGCAGAUCCUCUUCUAUCUUGUUUUUUUUUUUGUUGAAUAAUUUCCUACAAGGUAUCGAUUAGCUUAUGAAACUCUAUGGGGAAAAUGGAUGUGGAUUUGCUGCAGUUUUAGAUGAUCGCAUGUGCGGGAAGAUGGGCCAGCCAAAGAACAUCUAUAACUAUCUAUAAAGCAGCACCUGCGUCCUUUGGUUAUAAUCACUGUAUCUCUAACCACGUGUACAGUUUCGGGAAUGAAGAAGGAUCCCGCUGGUGCCCGUUUUAACACAAUCGCAAUAGUGGCUGUGAGUCUCCUCUCCUUUAAAACAUUGAUAAUGUCACUCCGUCUAUAAACGCUCGCCUGGGGUCAGAAUGUGCCCCGGCCGGUGCUUAUAGUAAUAACAUGCGUGCAGUUAGCGGAGAAGCGGGGCUCGCAUGAUUAUUUUACAAAUGCAUUUAGACAUAAUCAAUUAUUUACAAUGAGCAAGGCAGCCUGGCCGCAGGAACCCUCCGCCGUGUUUCUCUAUUCCUGCGAAAACACAUCAGACCCGAGGACCUCAAUGAGAAUGCAUUAUACCCCUAAAAGUGCACCAUCGUACAAAUAGAGCUUCAUUUGAUGUGAACUUAUUGUCAUUAAAUGUGUCAGAUUCUAUUAUAGCUUGACCCUGCAAGAAAAGUGGCGUUUUACGCUUUAAAACGUGACCAUGUCUGCCGUUUCACAUCUGUUAGUCUUUCAGCAAAUCCGUCUGUUGAAUUAUGAUUCAUUGUUUGUUAUUUCCAAAGUUAUUUUGUAUGAACAUUGAUUUUUUUUUUAUUAUGUUAUACAAGUAAUUAUUUUAAAUGUAAAUAAAAGAUUUGUUUUUUGUU